GGCUCCGCCUCUCCGCUUUUAACCGGCCUCCGCGUCUCCCUCACCCCGCUCGCUUAUAGUCCGCGGUCAAGUUCUGAAACGCAAAGAAAUGGCGUUGCGAACCGGGCGCUUUUUCGCGCCUUGGGCCCUGCGGGCUUUCGACUUUCCUCCACAGCGGUUUUUCAGUUGUGGAACAAAAGGAUUAUACAAAAGCCAAGAUGCAGAACGAUCUAAAUUCUAUAAGCCUCUUAAAAAAGUGAUGUUACCACCUAAUAGUUUUAAAGGAAAAGUAGUUUUCAUCACAGGUGGAGGUACUGGUAUUGGAAAAGGAUUGACCACUAUUUUCUCCAGUCUGGGUGCAACCUGCGUGAUAGCGAGUCGUGUCUUUAAGUUUGAGGAAGGUUUCAGUGCACAGGAUGAUGUGGGAGCUCAGCUUUUUAGGAAAAUUGAUGUUUUGAAAGCUACUGCAGAAGAAAUAUCUUCUCAAACAGGAAAUAAGGUUCAUGCAAUCCAAUGUGAUGUGAGAGAUCCUGGCUUGGUUAAAAAUGCUGUCUCUGAAUUAAUCAAAGUAGCAGGUCAUCCAGAUGUUGUAAUAAACAAUGCAGCAGGGAACUUUAUCUCUCUUUCUGAACGUCUCUCUCCUAAUGCGUGGAAAACCGUAACUGAUAUAGUUCUGAAUGGUACUGCCUUUGUCACCCUGGAAAUUGGAAAGGAGCUGAUUAAAGCAGGGAAAGGGGCUGCAUUCCUGGCUAUCACAACUAUCUAUGCUAAGAGUGGAUCAGCAUUUGUAGUGCCAAGUGCUUCUGCCAAAGCAGGUGUGGAAAUAAUGAGCCUGUCUCUUGCAGCUGAAUGGAGUAGAUAUGGCAUGCGAUUCAAUGUGAUACAACCAGGACCUAUCAAAACUAAAGGUGCUUUUAGCCGCCUUGACCCAACUGGAGAAUUUGAACAGGAAAUGAUUGAGAGACUUCCCUGUGGCAGACUAGGGACUAUAGAAGAAAUUUCAAAUCUUGCUGCUUUCCUGUGCAGUGAUUAUGCCUCUUGGAUUAAUGGAUCUAUCAUUAGAUUUGAUGGAGGAGAAUAUGUAUUUUUGUCAGGAGAAUUCAACAGCUUAAUGAAGGUAACCACACAACAGUGGGAUGUGUUAGAACAACUAAUCAGGAAAACAACAGAUUCCUAAAUGUACCCUCAUCUUAAUCCUUUGGUAGCAGAAAACAUUGGAGCAAAAUAAACAGUAAUUUUAGUUACA